CGCAAUAAGAAAAAAAAAGUAGGUGGGAAAAAAAUGGAGGCGUCCGCGGAGGCGGGGGCGGCGGCCGCCGCCGCCGCGCGAACGUUGAGGUGGGCGGGCCGCGCGGGGCACCUGGGCGGCCUCCCGCGCGCCGCGGUGUUCGCCGCCGUGGGCGCGUUCGCCAAGGCGUACGCGUCGCUGCUCAACACCACCACGGUCCACAACGCCGACGCGCUCCUCCGCCUCGUCUCGUCGCGGGCUCCCGGGACGCCGCUCCUCACCGUCAGCAACCACAUGUCCACGUUAGAUGAUCCGCUUAUGUGGGGAUUCAAGGGUUUUCCAACUUCUGAUGCAAAACUUGGAAGGUGGGUGCUGACAGCAGAAGAUAUAUGCUUCAAGAAUGCAGUAAUGUCCUACAUGUUUCGACUUGGGAAAUGCAUUCCAAUCACAAGAGGGGGUGGGAUCUAUCAAGAACACAUGAAUGAAGCCCUUGACGUACUUAGAAAUGGAGGCUGGUUGCAUACGUUCCCUGAAGGAAAAAUAGUCCAAGACGAUCAGCCAAUCAGAAGAUUGAAGUGGGGAACUGCCAGUCUUAUUGUCCGAGCACCUAUAACUCCAAUAGUUUUGCCAAUUGUUCACUCUGGCUUUGAAAAGGUCAUGCCAGAAAAAUCAUUCUUUGGACGGCGACCGCCAGUGCCACUCUGCAGUAAGAAGAUAGAUAUCAUUGUUGGAGAGCCAAUAGAGUUUGACAUGCCAAGUUUGAAGCAAGAAGCAUCAAUGGUACCUCAUGAUUCAUCCUCUGAGCAGAAGGGGUGGCCACCCAUUACACCAGAUGGGCUAGACGAGGUCGCCCAGAGAUGGCUUUACCAGAAGAUGUCAGACAAGGUCCAGUCUGUGAUGGAGAGAUUGCGGAAAACAGUUAUCAACCUGAAGCAGCAUUGAUCUUGUUGACCUUCAUCUAUCAGGAAAUGGAAUGUUUAUUUUUCCCUUUUCCCUUUUUUUCAGUAGCUUGAGUUGGUGGAUACAAAAAUGGGCAAAUGGUCGUCAAACAAGUCUGUCAAAGUAUUGGGAAUAGAAUUAGCUCAGAUUGUUGCAUGCUGAUUCUUUUUUGAGGUAGUAGUUAGUCUUGAAAGAUUUGUUAUUCAUUAUUUACCAUCAACUGUUCAGGUGCCGGUUUUAUUGAGGAAUGAAUAAAAGCCUUGUGAUGUUCAGUUGCAAAA